AUGAUAGAGACUUGGUACCAUGCCAAUGGAGGAAAUCCACGAAAGGCAUUGAUCACUAUUCGCAGGGCAAUGACGAUUGCUCAACUGCUGGGCUUCCACCGCCAUGGAAAGGCACAGUGCAAUAUUGUCGAAAAGGCAACGCAGAUAUACCCCGAGUUCAUAUGGUUUCGAAUAAUUUCUCUCGAGCGCUAUCUCUGCAUGAUGUUGGGUACCCCCCAAGCAUCCUUUGACCGAAACAUGGCUUCUGAAACGUUACUCGGAGAAGAUACAGUAAUGGGUCGUCUUGACCGUAUACAUUGCGUGGUCAUGUCUCGAAUCCUAGAGCGCAAUUGCACCGCGCCCAGCGUCAGCGAUCUUGCCUUAACACAAGAAAUAGACGAAGUGCUACAGAAAGCAUCCAGAGCUUUCCCUUCAAAAUGGUGGCUUACCCCAAACCUGGCUACUGUGGCCAAUCAGCCAGAAGCCCUUUUCUGGGAUAUGCGACGUCUUUUCCACCACUUGUCUCACUACAACCUCCUUAUACAACUUCAUCUACCAUUUAUGCUUCGCUCUGCCAGGACCGGACACAAGUAUGACUAUUCACGAAUGACUUGCAUUACUGCCUCGCGUGAAAUUCUCUCCCGGUUUAUCAUGUUCCAUAGCUUCAAUCGUAUCGCUUUUAGUUGUCGAACCGUGGACUAUUUUGGGUUGAUGGCAGCGAUGACACUUCUGAUCGCGCAUCUCGAUGGUCAUCAGUUUUUGCCUCCGUCCACCUCUGAACAACUGCCAUCUAACCAAGCCCUGAUGUCGAACAAUAUCUUGGUACACCAGCGACCUUCCGACCGUGCUUUAAUAGAGCAAGCCCAUGAAAUCAUGGAAGAAGUGAGCCGGCUGGAUGGGGAUUCUAUGAGUAUACAAGCCUCUAAUUUGCUGCAGCGGCUGAUGGCUAUCGAGGCUGAAGCAGCCAGCGAGGUCACACACGAAAGCAACAUGCAAGCGCCACCCACUGCACAGACGCCGCAACCAUCGAGCACUAAUGGUACUAUCCGGGUGUCUAUUCCCUCUUUCGGCGUCAUUGAGAUUGACCGAGGGGGCGUUAUAUCUAAUGACUCGGGUGGUUUCUCUGUUGGUGAAAUUGUAGUUGAGAACAAAGAACGAAGUCCUGCGUCGGAUAAUGUGAAUGGUAACCUUGAAAUGGGAGGAAGGGUACAGGUGCAUGAUAUAUCAUCCCAAGGGCCAAGAAAUAGGGGCAUCAACGUUGACCCAUUGCAGCCUUUACCUGGUACCACUGGACAAGGGAGUGAAGAACCAAUGCUCUCUGUCGGGGAGGAUUGGGCGCUGCAAGCCAUUGAUGCAGCUUUCUUCGAUACUUUGAUGAGAGGAACUGGGAAUGAUGAUAGCAUUGAUUGGUCGACUUGGCUGAACGAUCUCCAGCCACCACAUAGUCAUUCUGGGGUCUAA